AUGAAGAUAGUGAAAUUGGAGGAGAUAGUGGCGGUGAUGAUGAUGGUGAUAUUAUUAGUGGUAUCAUUAUCAACAAGGCGGAGAUGCAGCGGGGCAAUGAUAAUUGAAGAGCAGCAGCAAGGAGGAGGAGGGAUAGACUGUGCAACGGUGAAGGCAUUAGUGUCAGCUUGUUCGAGCUUCGUGAUGUACGGAUCGCCGGACCCCAUCCCUGGUUCGCCUUGCUGCGUCGCCAUGCUCAGCCUCAGCAACCUGGCCGACUCCACCGACAAUCGUCAGAUCGUGUGCAGAUGCGUGAUGGACCUCAUCACCACUUACAACCCCAACGCCACUUCCAUUGCCACACUCCCCGGCUUCUGCGGUGUCUCCCUUGGCUUCAUAAUUGAUCCCAACACUGACUGCGAAUAUAUUGGAUGAACAAUAAUCUUCUUUCAACACUACAAUUGCUAGCUAGCUGCUGCUUAAUUGCUUUCAAGAAGCACUUUGCCCGCUGUAUGUGUACCCAG